UUCUUGGGCGGAAAAAUAAAAGGCUCUCUUUUGAAUCCUCCUCCCCCAUAGAUCUAUCAUUCAUCGCCAUUCUCCUCCUCCUUCUUCUUCUUCACUGCCACACUUUCGUUUCCCGUUGACAAAGGAUUUAAUAUUAAAAAAGAUGGCAGCAGAUUCAAGCUUCUCUGGUUUAGAAGGACAGAAAGAUGAACACAAUUCUGACAUGGAGGAAGACAUGGAUCUAACAGAAGAUAAUUUCAGAAAUGUUUCUGGCCAGUUUUCAAGGGAAACAACAUCCACAGCCACGACGGUUAGAGAUGCUGUCAGUGUCAGUCUUGAAACCGUGAAAGUGGAUGUUAGUUCUAAAACUGGUGUUAAAAGAGCCAGAACAAUCUCUGAAGAAAAUCAAUCUUCAGUACAUGUUACAUAUAAACACUUAACAAGAGCUAGCAAGCAGAAGCUGGAAAGUUUAUUACAGCAAUGGUCAGAAUGGGAAGCAGAACAAAGUUAUCUGCCUUGCCAGUCUGAUCAGGAUCAAGAACCAGCACUGGAAUCUGGUGAGGACACAUAUUUUCCUGCUUUGCGUGUGGGAUUGCAGAAGACAUCAUCUGUGUCAUUUUGGUUCGACUGCAAAACUGGUCAGGAUUCUUUAAAGGAGUUUGUUCCAGUGGAAAGCAGCACUACUCCUCUCUAUAACCGUCAAUUCGCAAUUGGUUUAGAUUCAACCGUUGGCUCAAGUAACUUGGAAGGAGGUUUGGAGAUUAUUGAUGAUGAUCCUCCACGUUGCUUCAACUGCGGCGCAUACAGUCAUUCAAUGAGAGAAUGUCCAAAGCCUUUUGAUCGAUCAGCGGUUAACAUUGCACGGAGACAGCAUAAAAGCAAAAGAAAUCAAAGUUCUCGUCUAAUACCGUCUCGGUAUUAUAAGAGCGCUCAAGGUGGAAAAUAUGAUGGCUUGAAGCCUGGCUCACUUGAUCCUGAGACUCGUCAGGUUCUUGGUCUUGGGGAACUGGACCCUCCUCCUUGGCUUCACAGGAUGCGAGAGAUUGGAUAUCCACCAGGAUAUCUAGCUGUGGAAGAGGAUCAUCUCUCUGGAAUCACUAUAUUUGAUGAGGAAGAGACUGAGCCAGAAGAAGAAGAAAAAGAAGGAGAGGUAAAGGCUGAGGACGGUGAGAUAUUGGAAGUAGCAGCAAGCUCUUCAGAGCCGCCGCAAAUGAAAAUGACAGUUGAGUUUCCUGGUAUUAACGCGCCUAUCCCGGAGAACGCAGAUGUGUGGUUAUGGCAACAGAGGAAGAACACAGGGCAUGGUUACAAUCAUGAUUACCAAUACAGAGGCGUAAUGGGACCUCCGGGUGUUGAACUUUCUUCUAGUUAUCCUCCAAGGUAUGGUGGCAUUAGAUAUGAUCACGGGUUUGGUUCAAUAGCAAGAAGCCCUGGCUCGGAAUCAGAAAGAAGGUAUUACUACUCUCCGUAUGAUCAAAAUUUGAGGUAGAGAGAGAGAGAGAGGAGGCUGAUUGAUCGUUAUAGAUUUUAGCAGCAGAAGAUGAAUUAGUGAGUGACUUGUAGGAUCUGUAUUGUAUGGUUUAGGGAAGCCAUUUUCUCCUUUUUAUCUUAGAACAGAAACCACAGUGCUUAUCAUGCACGGUUUUUAUUCAAGGGAGGUUUCAUUUUGUAACAGUUACGUUAAUGUGGAGGUUUAUUAUUCAUUUACAUUU